CUUGUUUACUUUCGAGUUUCAAACCUCUCAGAAUGGACAAGUCUGAAGCCAAGUUUCAACAGAGCCCUCCUCUGAAAACGCAAAGAAUUUUUCAUCUUGCACAAAUUUUCUUGAGGCUUUUGGCCAUUGGUACUGCAUUGGCUGCAACAUCUGUGAUGGUCACUGCAAAGCAAUCUGUUGUGGUUUUUGGCACCCCAUUUGACGCUCGAUAUAGCUAUUCUCCGGCUUUCAAGUUUUUUGUUUUUGGAAAUGCUGUGGCAUGUGGCUGUUUAAUACUUUCGUUGUUCUACGUUUUCGUCCUCGGUCGACAAGGCUCAAGCCCUACCAAAUAUUUCUUCUUGUUCAUUCACGAUUUGGUGAUGAUGAGCUUGUUGAUUUCUGCAUCUGCUGCAGCAACAGCCGUAGGAUAUAUUGGCCGGUAUGGCAACAACCACAUCGGUUGGGUGGCCAUUUGUGAUAAUUUCGGCAAAUUUUGUGACAGAAUUACACUUUCUCUCAUUCUCUCUUACUUAUCUUUCCUUGUCAUGAUGAUUCUCACUAUCAUCUCAGCACGCAGGUCUACACAAAUUCAGGUUUAAUUAGAACUUUGUAUAGUGCCACUUGAUGUACGUAUAGUAUAAACUGAUUAUCGUAAUGUUUCUGAAACGGGAAGCUUUGUUAUAACUUGUAGCUUGUGAAUCCAAUUUUCCUUACGAAAGCAUUACAUACAUAACUUUUUUAUGUUUCUUCCUUCUUCAUGAGAUGUAAUUAA